AUGAAGUACGUUUUAGUAUCUGGAGGCGUCAUCAGCGGCAUUGGGAAGGGCGUGAUCGCCUCUUCGACGGGCCUGCUAUUGAAGACGAUUGGGCUUAAGAUGAGUCGCACUACUCCUACUGACGCGGUGGAUCCUUAUAUGAAUGUUGAUGCGGGAACAAUGGCACCCACUGAACACGGCGAAGUGUUUGUUCUGGAUGAUGGUGGGGAAGUAGACCUUGAUCUCGGAAAUUACGAACGAUACCUUAACAUCACGUUGACUCGAGAAAAUAAUAUAACCACCGGCAAGAUUUACAAACAUGUGAUUGAGAAGGAGCGGCGGGGGGACUAUCUUGGCCGCACCGUUCAAGUGGUGCCUCACUUGACGGAUGCCAUUCAAGACUGGAUUCAACGCGUUGCAAAAAUACCUGUUGAUGAUACAAACGAAAUGCCGGAUGUGUGUAUAAUUGAACUUGGUGGCACAGUAGGCGAUAUUGAAAGUGCUCCUUUCAUCGAGGCGAUGCGCCAAUUACGGAGACGCGCCGGAAAGGACAACUUCGUGAAUAUCCAUGUUUCCCUCGUUCCAGUGAUUCACGGAGAGCAGAAAACAAAACCUACUCAGCAGGCAAUCCGUGAUGUUCGAUCUGCUGGACUAAGUCCUGAUUUGAUUGCAUGUCGAUGCUCUAUGGCCUUAGAAAAGGCAACUAUCGAUAAAAUCGCGAUGUUUUGCCAGGUCGAGCCCGAGCAGGUUUUUGGCGUACAUGAUGUUUCAAGUACUUAUCAUGUCCCUCUUCUGCUCGAGAAACAAGGCCUCGUGUCCGUCCUCCGCGAUACUCUAAGAAUAGGCGACGUCUUGCCCCAUCCAAAGCUUGUCUCUCAAGGCCAAGCAACAUGGCAACGAUGGAAGACGCUUACCACGUCGCAAGAACGGCUUUUUGAAACGGUGACCAUUGCACUGGUCGGAAAAUAUAUCAGCUUACAUGAUUCGUACCUUUCUGUUGUUAAGUCUCUUGAACACUCAGCGAUGGCUUGUGGAAGGCAGUUGAAUCUUGUUUGGGUUGACGCGUCUUACUUGGAGAAAUCGACAGCGACAGAAUCCCCAGAAUUAUACCAUAAAGCCUGGCAUGAGGUGUGCACUGCUGAUGGUAUUCUAGUCCCGGGAGGUUUUGGGACAAGAGGUACUGAAGGGAUGAUCGCCGCGGCAAACUGGGCUAGGACUAAGCCUAAGCCGUAUCUGGGCGUCUGUCUUGGUAUGCAAAUUGCGGUGAUUGAGUACGCAAGAAACGUUUGCAAGCUCUCAGGUGCAGGAUCGAUUGAGCUAAGUGGCGAAGGAACUGAAGACCCUGUUGUCAUCUAUAUGCCCGAGAUUGACAAAGUGAACUUGGGUGGUACCAUGCGACUUGGUCUGCGUCCAACGAUUUUUCAACAAAACACGGAAUGGUCUAAACUUAGAUCUCUCUACGGGUUGUCCAAUGACUCGAUUGAUGAGCGCCAUCGCCACCGUUAUGAAGUCAAUCCCGAUUAUGUGGAGCGUCUUACCGACGCUGGACUUAACUUCAUUGGAAAAGAUGACAAGGGCGAAAGAAUGGAGGUUCUAGAGCUCAAGGACCACCCUUGGUUUGUUGGCGUACAGUUUCACCCGGAAUAUCUUUCACGUGUACUCUGUCCCAGUAAACCUUAUCUUGGGUUUGUUGCUGCCAGUGCUGGCGUACUGGACGAAGUAACGAAAAACCUGCACGCAAACGAGUAUCUUGUCAGUGGUGUUCUUGCUAGCGGGGUUCAGAGAAUUGGGUUCUGA